AUCGAAAAUUCUAAGAAUACCACUGAUUCGGUUUAAUGCAACAAAUUUCAUAAAAAUCUCACACAUCCAUAGUAAAAAGGGCCAAGUGAAAAUCAGUAUGAGUUAAAAUCUCUGUCCGACUUGUCUUUAUAUACGCUGCUUUAAGGCCGAGUUUUUUCUAUUACCAGUAAUAAGAUUAUAUGACAAAAUGUGAGUUAUUCCCAGUUUUAUUCCCGUUUACAAAAUACUUGAAUCGUUUGAAUAAGAUCGAUCUGUAAGUCUCGUGCAAGAGAGAUAAAAGUUUCCCAGUAAGACUGCCCCAUUGAUGAUAAUCAAUAUCAUUAGUUAAUAUUAGUGAGAAGUGUUCACUAUGGAGUCAAAAUGGAUUAUGGGUAUAAAUGUAGUGAGCUCUUCGGUAUCAGGCCUGGUGUCAUGACUGGCACAUUUUUUGGUAUGGGCUUUGUAGGGUUCCUUACAUAAUUAGAGCACAAAAUGCUAGUAAAUAUCCUCAGAACAUAAAUGGUCGUAAAUAUCCUCAGAACGGUUGUUGGGCGCAGGGAAGUGGAUCAGGAAAGCCAGCUGAGAAUUACAAAUCAGCAGACAAGGAAGUAUUUCCUUAAGAAUAAUCGUUAAUACUCCAUACUAACUACGAUGAAGAUAAUGAUUACAAAAAUAAUAAUGGUGAGGAAAAACGAGGGUACACCAACAGUUCAGAAAUUGGCUUUAAAUGAGGCACUUUAUAUGGGGCACAUUAUAUGGGGCACAGCAGAGAUCGUCAAGCAGGUCCCCCGUACUUGCGUUUCUGAAUGAAACUUAGCUCACAAUUGGGAUAUUAAUCAUUAUACUAAAGAAAUAGGCUGGAAUGAUAAUGGUAAUGAUUAUAUGAGUAUAUAGUGGUAAUAACGAAAGUUAGAACAAUUUCAGUAACAGCAAUGAUAAAAGUAACAGUUUAAUCUUGAUUAGAAGGAGUUCCGCAGAAAAUUGCUAGAUAAUACUUUGAGGCUGCUACAAUUUCAAAAUUAAAGGGAAAAAAAAACAAUCGUGGUGUUUGCAUGCUAGGCAGCUGUGUGCCUAAGACUUCCGGUGAAAUGCGCUUCUGUUACCAACGACGGGAACUGCCGAGGCCAAUAAGAUCCAGCACGAAAAUCUGCAACAUGUAUGAAAUGCACUGAAAACAAACUUGAAAUUAAUUUCAUCACUUGUUAGAAUUCAUAUCGAAAAGGAAACCUCUGAAAGUUUCACUGUCGCAUAAUUAAUGCCUAAAUUUUUAAGCGUGUUUUGCAUAUUGCCAUUGCAAUUAAUAAUUAAUGUGAAAAACUAUGUAGCACUAUUAAGAUGUUUUAACUUGUCUGUGGAAAAUAAUUACGAAGGGUUUUCCCGCGGUGAAGUCUUUGUUGCUUUCAAAAUAUAUCUAAAAUCCCAAAAAAGAAGAAGUAUUCAUUUGUAAUAAUAAAAGUCAUCUGAUAAUCCACCUACAAUGGCCGUAAUGCUGGAAAAGACGCAGUUAUCCUCAUUUAACACAAGAUUACAAUUGAAGCUCGUUAUUUUUGUAUUGUUUUUGCUCUUUAAGGCUGUUCCAAGUCAUUGUGGUGUAAAGAUCAAAACAUAAGUCAUGCUCACGUAAAAACCACCGAGUCAUACAAAACGGUGUGCGCGACAUGAAUUUAAAUUGAAAGAGGCCACCCACUAUCUAAAUGUGACCCGUAGAACACUAAGUUCUAAUAGCCACAGUAAACAUCUCUUCUUUUAUCAAGUCUUGAUCACACAACCAUAAAGAUUUGGUAGUUGCAAAUACUUAUGAAAACUUUUCGCAUUUUGAGAUCAUUAUUUGGGUUAGUGUUUGAACCUGUUUACAGCUUUUGGCACGGCAUGUGUCAUGGUAAUUCUGGUAACUUGGUUUUAUUAGGAAAAUAUCAUUAAUAUUGAAUGAGUGGGAUGACAAGUAAUUCUCAGAGCACUCGCUUGAAAAAUAUCAUUCGAGCUUAAAGCUAACCUAGCAAAUGCUAUUAAGAUCUUCCUCAAAAUGUUGGUGAUGGGGAUCGGCUCUUCGCUCUUAAUCGCAGCCAUAACAUCAGAACUGAUACCGGUCUAUUUUUUUUCAGUUGAUAUUUCCACCGCUAACAGCCAACAACAGUUCUAUUGCAGUUUGGAGAAGUGUGUUGUAAAAGUCAAUAAUUUAACAGGAUGUAACUGCACAGAACAAAAUCAGACCUACUGCCCAUACAACCAAACUUGUCAAGAUCACUACAACGAGACACUCUGCUGGAAAAACGUAAGCUGUGUUCCAGAUCACGCAUCUUCAACCACAGUUCACAGUCCAAUAAAAGUGUCUACAGUGUCAACAGCCAGUCCCUUAGUGGCUUCAACCACGAGUGUUGCACCUGGCAGUCACGUGUCAACUACAUAUGCUCCUACGACUUAUCACCCACUCGACACGAACUACAACCCAAUCAUAAUUAGCUUAGGAGUGGGAUUUGCUUGCUUUGUUGUUUUUGUGUGCUGCAUGUGUGCCAUUCACUCCUGGUGGCUUAAAAGAAACAAAUUCACUGGGCUAAACAGCACGCCGAUGAAAGACCUGGAAAGGAAGAAAAGAAAGCAGGAGCUGAAAGAGAUGAAACGGCGUGCUAAAGAAGCAGAAGCAAAGGAGCCUUCCAAAUUUGAUAUGGGAUACAAAAAGCCCCCCAAAGUCAAAGAACGCGCCUUGGCCAACUAUGACUGGGCCCGAACCUCAUACCUGCCAGGAAUGCUUGAACCCAGUCAGGAGCCAGUCGGGCCAGCAGAUUUUACUCCAAAACUGAUUUGUGAUGAUGACGACACAGAGGUAGAUGACCAAGAUGCAUCUGGUGACCACAACCAAGGGUACGAGUCAGGAGGGGAGGAGCAAUAUGGGUCUCGUUACGUAACAACCCCUUCCUCUCUGUUUGCACCAAUAGAAAUGGAGCCACAAGAACCAAUCAUAGUUGAGCCUGAGAUCAUUGAGAAUAUGGAGCAGCUUCCUCGCUCUGUGCCUGAAGGGAACAAGACUGAGUCCAAUCCUCAUGUUCAUUCUACCUCUCAGGAUUAUUUUAAGAUGAUGGGAAGGUUUUAAAAACAGGUCCUGAACAUUUUUAGGAAAGUUUCUCACAAAAAGAUCUUAAUAACCAAAGAGAACAAUACAUCGUAGGAUUUGAAUGAUAAGGAUAGAAAAGCCCUUAUUUUUAUAUAAAAAAAUUGGUUACAAUGAGUAUUGUUAUUAGACAGAGCGGUAUUUCUUGCACACAAUUUGCAUAGCAAGUUUGUUGCUCGAUUCUUCCAAAUACGACUCAAUAGAAAGUAUACGAAAAUAUGUCCAUGCUUGUUCCAAUUUUAAGACUCAGGGAUAUGAAAUUUUACAUUUUCUGCAGGUGAAAAACAGUUGACUGAAUCGAAGUGCAAGUUUUUUUAAACAACACACUCUGUUAUACCAUUAUUGAAAUAUCAAGUCCGCUGAUUUUUUUUUGUUCCCUUUUUUACCUGUUGAUACAUGUAAUGAGAAUGUUGAAGUUAUCAGGAUCAGUUGCUUCUGAUGCACUUUCCUUCUCUUAAGUUCAACCCUUUUUUAAUCUCACUAGAUAACUGAUGUUGGUAUGUUUAUAUAGAUUCCAAUUUUUCUUUCAUUUCGCUCAGAACAAAUUAACCAUGAUUACAUGAAGCAAGUGGCAGGAUGAACAAAGGUUAGACUGCUUUAAAUCAACGGCGUGUUUCGAAAUAAAUGUAAUUUUAGUUUGAUGAUGAAGUAGGAAGUAUUCAUAGGAAAGUUUUCUGUAAACAUUCGUUGUCACAACACUUAGACGGUCGUUUUUCAUGUAUAUUAAUGUAUAUUAUCCGUUUUUACACGAGUGCUUUUUAAGGGCCAUUUAUAAUAAAUUUAAAGAAAAAUAGAAGUAAAUAAAGCUAGAUUUGACGUUUAAA